GCCGCAAUUCAUUGCCGAAACUAGCCGUUGCUAUCUCCAGUUCUCUCUCUAAACAAACAGCUCCCAUAUCCCGAUCUCCUUCUAAUCAAUUCCCCUCAGAUUCUGCGAAUUCAUUCUGUAAUUCUUUCUAAUUCAAAGAAUUCACUUUUCAAAUGUCUUCAUACUCCAACACAGAAAAUAUACUAUCCAUGGCUGCAUCUCCAAGCAAAAAGCAUUCUUCUUUCUCUUCAAUACAUAGUAGGCCAUCUAACCCAAGAAACUCAGAGGUGAGCAAUCCCAUAAGAAGGAGUUUUAGCAGAAGCCCAGUUGCUAAACCUUCUAUUGUUACGAGUCAAAGGCCUGGCUUUAACCCCAACACUACCGCUAAUAGUCCGUCAGAUUAUCCACGAAGAAAGUCCCUUGGCAGAGACAAUAUAGUAGUCUCCUUGCGUGAUUCUGAGGACAAAGAGAACAGUCAAGAUCAAAAUUUAAAACAGGCCAGAGUUCGAUCACCAGCUUCUUCAAAGGGUGCAAAGAACUUCAUGUCUCCAACAAUCUCUGCAACCUCAAAAAUCAAUGCAUCUCCAAGAAAGAAUAUCCUGACUGAGAGGAGUGAGCCAACUCGUACUUCUGUUUCAUUCAUUGAUUGUAAAAGCCCUCUGAAGGAAGAUUUGGAUUUGAAGCCUGAAAAGGGUUUGAAUCAGAAGAAGGAGGUCUCAUUUGAUCCAACAAUCACUUAUUUGGAGGAUAAUGACACCUCAAAAAGUAAUGAAGAUUUUAAUUCUAAGGUACAUUCAAGUACUAAAGAUGAAUGGGAAUCGUUAUCAGAAAGUGUAACUGUGGAGAAAAGUUGGAUGUCUCACUUGAAUCAGAAGGAAGUCUCAGUUGAUCCAACAAUCACCAAUUUGGAGGAUAAGGACACCAUUAAAAGUAAUGAAAAUUUUGAUUCCAUGGUACAUCCAAGUACUAAAGAUGAUUGGGAUUCGUUAUCAAAAAGCAUAACUAUGGACAAGGAUUGCGUUAAUCUUGAUCCAAGUUUUGAGAUUAGUCCAAGGGCUUCUUGUCCCUUGGCACCUCUUGAUGCAGAUCCAUUAAUGCCUCGUUAUGAUCCCAAGACUAAUUAUCUCUCUCCAAGGCCUCAAUUUCUUCAUUAUAAGCCUAACCCACGAAUCCAGCUAUAUCUUAACAAGGAAAGAGAUGGCAAAGAGCUUGAAGAGAAUUCUGCAACUGAAACUUCUUCAGAAGCUGAAGUAACUGAAGAAGAAACCCUUUCUGAUGAUUCGAAAAAAGAAUCUGAAGAUGCUUCUUCAGGUGAUGUGUUGAUUAAAGUAGAAGAAGAAGAUAAGGAGGAGGAGCUGCUUGUGUCUGAACCAAAUCCCAUCAGUACAUCUAAGGGAGCUGCCGAAGCAAAAAAGUUGCCUAAGCCACAUUUCUUUACGAAAAAAAAGUUCACUGCUUUUCUUUUGAUCCUGGCUAUUGCUUGUUUAUGGGCCUCAGUCACUAAUUCAUCAGUUAUGGAUCCAUCUGUGCUUAAUAAUUUAAGCUUAUCUAAUCUAUAUGUCCCACCUGAAAUGUCAGAGUCCAUCAGAGACAAUUUGGAAGGCCUAACUCAAAAGUUUCGGCAACGGAUACAUGAUUCUUUCUCUUAUAUCCAUAAUCUGAUCAUCAGCUUCAGAGAACGGUUCAAACGUUCUCCAUUGCAGUUUGCCAACUUAACCACUUUGCCAGAGGAUGGCUUGGUUAAUAAUUUCCUUCUGGUUGACCAGGGUCCUUUUAGUGCAGCAGUCAAGUAUGAAAGGAAUGAGUUCACUUUGACAAGGGAGGUUGAUAUUAAAUCGUUUGAGGAAGAGGAGGAUCAACUAAUUGAAGUUGAUGAGAAUGUUGAAGUAGAAGGAAAUGAAGUUGAUGAGAAUAAGGAAACUGAUGAAAAUAUUGAGGAAGCUGCAGAAGGAGAAAAGAAUGACAAAGAAUAUGAAGGUGAAAAAGUGAUCGCAACACAUGACAACCUUGAGGUUGAGGUUUUAGUGGACGAUAUUGUUCUGGAAUCUGAAGAAGCAAAUAUGACUCUGCAGGCUAAGGCGACUGAACCUGGUAAUACACCUACGGCGCCGAUAACCCAAGACAGAGUGGAAACUGCAGGUUGCGUUGGUGAGCUGCAAAGUAAAAUAGAUGCUAUAGACCUGCUAGUUCCAAUCCCACAGGCUGCUGAAUUUCAGCCAGAUAAAUCUCAUCCCAGACAGUCUUUAGCUGAAAAUGAUAUGAAUUCAGUUGAAACUGACUCCUCCAUCUCAGAGAACAAACCUGAAAGCUUGGAUUCAGAUGCUGCAAUGAAUUCGGAAUCAGUGGACUCUGCAAUUCAUGGAACUAAGAACAACAUAUUUUCAUCUCAGGCGGUGAUGGGGACUUCCUUGCUUGUUUUGGGUCUACUCGCAGCUUUUGCUUUCAUUUAUGUCAUGAGUAAAACAUCAACCACAUCAAACAUUGCAAUUACAAUGGAUCAAGCGCCACUGACUAAGAAACUGGACUACAGUCCCCUGUCAGUGACCAGUGGACAGACAUUCCAGAAGAGGACAAGAGAGGCUGAAACAGAAGGAGAAUCAUGUCCAUCAGAAAUGAGCGGUUUCCAGUACAGCUACAGCUCAUCCUAUAGCAAGGAAAGAAAGAAAGGAACAACAAGUGAAGCUCUGAGCCAUGAAAGGAAGCCUCGGAAGAACUCCAGAAGAGAAUCACUAGCUUCAUCUGACUACUCUACUGAGUCACUCUCUUAUGGAAGUUUCACAUCAUAUGAGAAAAUUAUCAACAAGAAUGGAAAUGGAGAAGAAGAAUACUCGUUUACUCCAGUUAGGCGCUCUAGCCGAAUCAAAAACCAUGUCACUUCUCCAUGAUACUAUACGUUCUUCAUUGCUGACUUAGUUUUAGUAGCUUUCUGUUAUUAAUGUAGUUCUGGUAACUGUAACUGUACCUUGCAUUCUUGUGCAUGGAAUUGUUUCAUAUUAUGAAUUCCAGUAUCAAUUCAGAGUUCGUAGCUUUCUGUUUCA